AAAAUGUCCUAUCAUUAAUCGAAUUUGACUACAAGACGAAAACAAUGAGAUGCAGUGAACACAAACAGUUUUUUAUUUUUCCUGUCGCUUGAAUCAGUGUGUGGAGCACUGCUUUCGCACUUGGCUCUCACACUUUUUGUUUUUGAAGUUAGAGCUGUAAGGGGACCUUCAAAUGAGAGACAUCCUGCAUUUUUUUGAUGGCUAUGAACAAUAAUUGAAGAAUGAUUUCAACAGCAUGUUUGGAUGGUUCCGCCAAAAAUGGGUUCAAUCUAAAAGAGAGCUCCCAAUACACAACAGCUCUGCACCAGAUGACCAGGAGUCAUUAAGGACGAUCAGGGAUGCCUCUCCGUUAUCAUCAUCAUCAUCGCCACUCACCUCCCCCCCCCCACCUUCCUCUCUUCCUGCUGUCCUCACCUCACCCGUUCGUUGGACCCGGAAAUACGACCUGUGUCUGUGUUAUAGCCGUGCAGACGUUGAAGUAGCCAUGUGCAUGGCAUCAUACCUUGAAGCCCAACCUCGCAGCCUUCGCUGUUUUCUGUGGCAGAGAGAUGACCGUCCCGGAGGUGCCAUCUCCACCGAGUUGUGCCGGGCUGUGCAAAGCAGCCACUGCCAAGCGCUUCUCAUCACCCCAAACUUCAUCGUGGAUGAAUGGUGCAAGUACCUAAUGCAUCAGGCACUUGCUGAGGGGCCCAUGUCUAACUGCAUCAUUCCCCUCAGGCUCAAUCUUCCUUUCUCUCAGUAUCCUUCAGAGCUGCGCUUCUACUCAUCUAUUGACCUGGCAAGGAACACAGAAAAAGAAUAUGAAUUGGUGUUCAAGACCGUGCUUAUGCACCUGGCUGGUAUGAUCAAAAAAGCUCCGGAAAUGCAUAGCAGCAUGGACAGUUCUAACAAUGUAUUGAAUGUAUUUUCAUUAAAUGAAACAUUAGCAUGCUCUGUGUAAUUUAUUAACCAAUGUUUCAAAAAAUUUAUCAAAAUGCAACUUUGGCUAUGACGUACCAAGUCUUUGUCCGAAAUAUCGCACAUAGGGAUUAUAAGCUUUGCUUUAUUUAUCAUUGCUUUAUCAGAACAAAUAUUGUACACUUUUGUGUGGGUUUGUUGAAACUUGUGUAUAUACCAAAACAACAGGGCCUAAUGAACAACUUCCAUUAACUAAUCCAAUACAAUAUUCAGUUUGAAUUUCAUAUAAAAAACUAUUAAUGUAAAAUUAUAUUUGUGUUAAAAUAGCUCCAUACAUGCACAUACACCAGCAAGGGUCAACUACAUAUUCCAGAGUAUGCAAAAGUAUGACCUUAUACCAGAAUAUUGCUCUGGGAAAGAAUUGUUGCCUUUGGAUAGUUCAGAGCCAAACCAGACAUGAGCAAGAUGACAUUGUACACGUUAACCUGAUUAGAAAGAGUUACAAAGAGAGACCUUCUGAGAAGAGUUUCUUCUCAGAAGAAACGUGGUCAGCAACAUCUCAAGCUUCUGCUGAAGAUGAAUCUACAAAAGGUCUACAAAUAGCUAAUGUGACUUGAGCUCUUUGCUUCCAUCUUUGAGUCUGACUGAAAAUGCCAUCCAAAUGCUACUGAGAUUUUUUCUUACCUAUACUGUAGUAUUGAAACAACUCAUACAAAUACCAGUGCACAACGGAACCGGUUCUAAGGGGGGGCUGAGGGGGGCACUGUUUUUUUUGUUUUUGUUGUAUUUUUAAUUUUGUCUAUUUUAGCUCAGCCAAUCAUAAAAAUGUAUUGUUAAAAAUAAUACUUUUUACUAAAUGCUGAUGGGUUAGUUGGGUGGUAUAAAAGUCAAGGACAGCAGGGAGAGAGGUGUGCUGCGAAGUUUCCACCCUACUAAAGUGUGCUAGAACUGGGCCUGGUGCACACCUGCAUGUAAGAGCAAACACAUAUGACAGGAAAACAGGCAUACAUUUAUAGCGUAUAUGCAAAUAUAUGUGGAACACUUCUAAACUAAAUCUAACUUUUUACAUUUUUGUAAUCAUAUGCAACAGAUUCAGUUAUGAAUGUGUUAAAUAAUAUACAGAAUGUGCAAAGAAAUUCUGCUGCAUGUGUAUGAGACAGUAGUAUGUGUAAUCAUGGGUCUGUUUGUCAAUCAUAUCUAUAUAUGUUCACAUAUGAAUGUGUGUAGGUUUACAGAGUCUGGCCUCAUAAACAAGUCAUGAGACCCCCACUGACACUGAUUGUUAUCUGUGUUACACUCAUUCUUAUAACACUUCUAACUUCUUCUAUUUUUCAUUUGUCACUUAUGUUACAGUAUUUUGUGCUUGCCUGUUUUUUCUCUGGCACUAUAUGUUUUUUGG